CUAAGACUGGUCAAAGUCGAACGGACUGGACAUUUGAAAUCGCGUUUCGGACACCUGAUAGAGGCCUAUAACCACCUCAGAGAGAGAUUGAACGAGGUCCACGCGGGAGGGCACGUGUUUGACAUUUUGAUAGGAGAGAAAAUGCGCUACCUGGAUUCGACACCGCCAACCGGCAGAAUACCAAUUCGUCGCGAACACAUCUCUACCUUAUCUCCCUGACCACAAGCAGUUCAAUGCUUGAGACCAUAAAUCACACAACAUGGCGAUUUCAUGGGGGACCAUCAAAUCCCUCCUCAUAUUCUUCGGGCCUAUGCUCCUCCCCAAAGCAAUAACCUACUAUCGCUCCCUCCGCGCUGCCCCAACAUAUGGGAGAUCCGUCCGACCUGCACCCCGCGCCGUCUCCCGUGCCCUCCUGAUCCUCUUUGUCACCGGCGUUGCCUUUCUCCUGACCUCGCUCCCCCUAGCCUCGCCCGAGAACAUCUUCAGCCUCACCCAAUCCCGCCUCCAGAUCCCCAUCGACGUGCUCUUCACACGCCUCUCCGCCCUCCGCCCCCACGGCCUCACCCCCGCUGACCUGCUGCUCCGCACGAAGAUCGAAUCCCGAGACUCCCGACUACUCUACUUUCAAUAUGGGCCUGAUGUCCUGACAAAUUGCCAGUUUUGCAGUGCCGACGAGCCACGGAGCUACUUCUACUAUGCCCUUCCCGCCCUCCUCGCACCGCACCUUUUCAACCUCUGUGUCCUCGCUCUCGUAACCUCUGGCCUCUUCACCGGGAGGGAGGGUGCUGUAUGGCGAAGUACAGCGACGAUCGCCGCUGCAGCUGUCGCCCUCCUCGACUUGUAUGCUGUCGGCUCCUACGCAUACCACGCCAACGGGAUGGCGACGCGACUACAAGACAUUGAUAUGUUCUUCUGGAGGAUGCGCGCAUACCGCGGAACCCUGCUAGCUGCACUGGACGGCAUCAUCGGGUACUUACUAUACCUCUCAUCGACGAACCGAGCGUUCCUAAACCCCCCCUCCACGGCAGAGAGGGUAGAGACAUCGACGCGGAUCUUGGACGCCGCGAGAAGUAAGGUGAUGGCGUUGAGCGUGCUCAGGAACACGAUCAAUCGCGACGAGGAACUGAGGACCCUGGGCCGAGCCUAUUGGCUUAAUUAUGGCCGGUUGAUGAGCGAGGCCAUGGAGGAGCGCGAGGUCAUCGAGGGCGUCAACAAUGCGCUCGAGAACCGCAUCAACGUCACGACCAUCUCGGCCGAUGCGGAUAGGUAUAUCCAGGCGAUUCUGGACCCGCUGACUCCUGUGCCAGGCAUGAACGGGAAUGUAGAGAUGUGAGGGUGCACUUUAGAAUAGCUUGUCGUUUCUGAUCUAUAUAUCACUAUCAUCUUAC